GGUCCUGGACUUUGGCUUGUAAGCUGAGUCCCAAAGAGAGAGAAUGUAUUUCUGGUUUUUAGUACUUGUGGUCCGUUCCCAUCUUUAAAAUCAAUCUACUGCGUUCACGAUUUGAUGGGAUGAACAACUUGUCAGUAUUUUUGGUGAUUUUAGUGGUUUUAUUCCGCGUAGAAGCUGAACUCAAGUGUGGGACGAAAGGCAAAGGAAACACAAGAAUUGUAGGCGGAAAAAAAGCAAGAAAAGGUGCAUGGCCUUGGCAGAUAACUAUGAAAUACAAGAACAAAUCUGAUUUGAAUUAUUGUGGUGGUAGCAUCAUCGCUCGAGAUUGGAUAGUCACUGCUGCUCAUUGUUUCUCUAAGAGUAGAAAUCCUCGGGAUUACACAGUCACCAUUGGUGAACACAACCUUAAGGAUACCGACGGUGACGAGCAAAAAAUCGCCAUCAAGAAGAUAAUUUGUCAUCCACGUUACAACGAGUACAAGCACCAUAAAUUUGACUAUGAUGUCGCACUACUGAAACUAAAAACAAACAUUACAUACACUGACAUGGUCCGACCUAUUUGCCUUCCAACAAAACGUUUUUCACCAGGGACCAAUUGUUAUGUUACUGGUUGGGGAUAUCUGUUUGAGACCGAGCCAGGACCCUCGGUACUUCGUCAGGCCAUCGUUCCACUUAUUUCUCAAAAAGACUGUGAGAAGAACUUCAAAGAUCAAGAUCACCCUAUUAGUUCACGCAUGCUUUGUGCUGGCAAGGCGAAAGGAGGAGCUAACGAUGCAUGUGAGGGUGAUAGUGGUGGGCCGCUGUCCUGUAUGGCUUCAUCUGGUGCUUGGGAGCUUGCUGGAGUUGUGAGCUGGGGAGUAGGAUGCGCCAGCAAGGAUAGAUAUGGAGUGUAUGCAAACAUGGAGAACCUGAAAGGCUGGAUUAAACGUGUUGUUCAUAGUUAGCUGGGAUUUAGCUAGUGAAAACAGAAGCCUGUCACAUUAGACUUGAGCAUGAUUGUAUGCUUCUGCCUUGCUGCACCAUGCUCUUAUUUUUUGACAUAAGAGAAUUUAAUAUGCAUUUGCUCCUUAUAAUCUUUCAAGUGAAUCUUUCUCCAAAUAUUUCGUAUAGUCUACGACAAAUCUGGCCUUUUCCUGCGUUAGUCGUCCGUUCAAUGGCAAACGUCUGUGCAAAUGCGCAAGAAAGAAAGUAUCAACUCAUUCUAGGGUGAUUGUUGGUGACCACUUGACUUUGAGAGCAAAUGUACGUGGGACGUUAUUGGAGCUGUACAUUGAAUUGGAGAGAAGAUUACCACCCGCGGGAAUUGCUAUGGCGUGUACACGAACUUGGAGAACUCAAAGAAUUGCUCGAAAAAGCACUGAUGGUUCCGGUUGUAUGAAGAAUAGAUAAUGUUAUCCACACCUUAGAUUUUUCCAACGGAUUUAUCCGCUUAGUAAGGAUUUUUUUCAUGGAUAGCGCUAUUCAAUCUUUGCACAACCGGAACAGUUAAGGACGUUCGAGGGCAUUGCACGUUUUCUGCGCAUGUCAAAACCGGAAGUGUUCACGAAAUUUCAUCACGCAAAACAAAGAUGGCGACCGCUCUUGUUAUGUUUUUGUGAGGUUUUGUACGUACUUUUCUGAACUUCUACUCGAAUGCAAAAUGUCUUCAUGUUCAAAAAAUGGGAGAUUUACUUCUGCUAAAAAAUAAAUGAGGCAAAAUGCUCUAAAAA